CCGACGUUCAAGGGCUGCUGCACAUACUCCACACAGUCUCAAGUGUCAAAUCUGCUUGAAAGCGCUUACCGCUUUGACUAGCACACGGUAACAGUACAUGAACAGUGACAGGCAAACCCUGACUGACCAGCUCGCUGUCGCUAUUAGAUAGUUGUUGCCAUCAGCUCUCUUUUAUUCUUGAUUGCAAACAUAGCAACAUCCAACUGUGCGUUGGGGAACCCAGUUUCGGGUCUAGCGCUGCGAUUGUCUGCAAAAAGUGGACUCUCAGCGCGCACGCACGUCGAGGAGCUCCAUCAGUCUUUGAUGGAGGCCAUCACAGCGGGUGAAGGGCGUGCGCCGUUGCGCGCGUGUUGUUGCCCGCGGGCGCCCUCAGCUAGAACCAUCCCUCGUACGCUGCGUUGUCCGGCUCUCCCGGCCCGUCUGGCGAUGGGCGCGAGCUCGGCUCAGCGGCUGCGGCGAGUCGCGGUGGCCGUCAAGAGGCGCAGUGAAGAGGGCGGCGACGGGCCUAGCACCAGCGGGCGGCGAGGGCCCGACACACCCUUGCCACAGCAGGGCGGGGCCCCGCAGCCGUUGCAGCAGCAACCCUCCAACCCAGACCUCCUAUUCGAGCAAAACCGAUGGCGGUGGCCCGCCUUCCGUGAAAGCCCAGUACCCCCGCCGCCGCCGCCUCCCCCACCCUUCGCGCCGGGCAAGACCGUCGGCAACCGGCGGGGCCCGCAGCGCGCCGGCGGCGCGGCACCGCCGCCUCCCCCCCCUCCGCCUCCUUUCCCGCUGCCGCGCGCCGCCCCCGCCGCUGGCGGCGGCACGGCCUCAGGCCGCGUCGGCGCCGCCGCUGCAGGGCCGCCGCCGCCGCCCGCGCCGCCGCCACCGCCGCGCUGGGCGGACCGGCUGCUGCGGGAUGACCCGGAGUUGCGGGAUAUGCUGACUAAGAACCCGGAGCUGUGGGGGGAGCUGCAGCGGAGGGCGGGGAAACAGGGGGAGCGCGGGUACGUGCCGCCUCCCGGUCCGCCCGAUGCGGCGGCCGACCCAGCUACGUACGACCGACAGGUUCAGGAAUGGCUGCGCUACAGGCGCAAGGUGGGCGGCGCGGGCAGUGGCGGCGGCGGCGGUGGGCUGCUGGGCAGUGGCGGCGGGCCCGGCUCGCCGGCUCGGCAGGACGACGAGGUGGUGAGCCUGGCGCUGCUGUACCUGGCGGCGGCGGUGCCACUAGUGGCGUUUGCGCUGGCGUCUGGCGGCAACUAGUGUUAGAAAGCACAUGGGAGGGAAACAACUACUGGGUGCAGAGCUUUUGAUGGCAUGUGAUGCCUGGGAUACAGUACCGGUAGCUAGUGGUGUGGUGCGGUGCGGUAUGAUGCGCCGAUUUGCACAGCGGCGUGUGGCGGCGGCUUGCGGCGGAUGGGUAUGAGUGGAGUGUGCUCAUAACGGCGGAGACCAGGAUGGCCGUACGGCAGCAGGACUGGGUGGCCAGGCGGGAGAAGGGCUGGCGGCCUGGGACCUGGAGGGGUUUGGAUCCGGGGGGAGUGCGCCCCAUGCACGCGGGCGGGCAAGCGGGUGGCACGGCGCUUGUUGGCCGCGAGCCGCCGUGCCGCCGUGCCAGCUGUGCCAGCUGCGCCGGGCCGGCGGUUCCAAAGGCACGUAGGCGGGCUCGCGGGGAGAUGAAAAGCACACUGGGCCAAGCUGCUGGUUCUAUUGGUCUUGGAUCGAUUGCGCCCUGCACUCAUGUGCCGUAGAUGGCAGCGCCGCUGGACGCGGCCACGCCGUGAACGGCAAAAUGCUAAGAGUACCGCGGGACUUGCGCCACCCCUGGCGCCAGCCUCAUGCGCAGCGGCAUGCUGAGUGUA